UGAAUCUUCUGGUGUUGCCAGCAGACCUGUCGGGACAAAGCCAGAGAAAGGGACGGCUUUAAGGUGCUAUAUAGAGAACUGAUGAGAUCCUGGCAGAAUUGCUGACGGGUGUCUCCUCCCAUUUAUUCCAGAAUACACACUGGAGGCAGAAGCAGCAGAGGAAACCCAAAGAUGUUGCGUGUGGUGGUUCUGUCUGCUCACAUCGCCCCUGAAAGUGCUGAUCGCCCCGACACAUGCGUGGUCGCGAACUUCAGAGAUUUCGAAAGGAGAACAAGAGUUGUUCAGAAGGAGCAGGAUCCCAUUUGGAAUGAGACCCUGGUGUGGUACCUGGAUGCUCAACCUUUGGACAGCAGUUCUUAUGUGACUGUCGAACUCCUGGACUGGAUCAGUCAAGGUGAAAGAAGCUUUGGUGCGGCCAGCUUCUCCUUAGCCAGCGUUGCAGAACGGCCAAAGGUGUUUAUCACCAUAAAGGACCAGGCUUUGCGGGACAGCUCCUUGGAGGCAACAGGAAACACCAUCACUCUAAAAAUCGCCUUCACGCCUUUUGAAGUUAAACCGAUUCAGCAGCCGAAAAAGUUUGAAUGCAGUAAAUUUGUUUGCUGCCCGGUCCAUGCAAAGGAUUCUGAACAGGAAGAAUUAGUUCCAAGAGACAGGAUUGGUGCAGGUGAGAUCCCUUUGCCAACACCCAAAAGAGACUUGGGGAACAAGAAACAAGUCUUCCAGGUGCGAGUUGGCAUCAUAGAAUGCCGGCAGCUGCAAGAAAACAACGUCAAGCCGGUCGUGAAAGUGAGCAUUGCUGAUCAUGUGUUCAGGACGAGAAUCCGAUUCGGGAAUAACCCUUUUUACGAUGAGACCUUUGUCCAGAACUUCAAUGAGAUACCUAGUCAACUUUUUGAGGAGUACAUUACGAUACAGGUGAUGAACUCCAAGGCGUUGCGUGCAGAUUCCCUCAUCGGAGUCUUCAAGAUUGAGAUUGGGCUUGUAUAUGAAUCUCCAGGUCAUGCUCUGAUUGCCAAAUGGCUGACUCUCUAUCACCCAACUCAACUCCACACCGGACUAAGGGGCUACGUGAAAGUCAACCUUUGUGUUUUGGGAGCUGGGGAUCGUGCACCGGAUGCAGAGAAGGUAGCGGCCACCGAGGAAUUAGAGAACAAUAUUCUGAAAUCUGCAGUUAUGCCAGCUGCCCGCAUGAUCACCCUUCAAAUCUAUAUAUACCGAGCAGAAGAUAUGCCUCAGAUGAGCGAAGGCAUUGCAUAUUUCAGAACGCUUCCCGAGGAUCUCUUUGGCGAUUAUGUUGACCCUUCUGUGGAAGUUAAUUUUGCAGGGAGAUCGCUAAGGACCAAAGUCGUGUACGGAGAUGCCAAUCCUCACUGGAACCAGCUGAUGUCCUUUCCUAUGCAGUUACCUUCCAUGUGUGAUCUGGUCAAGUUUACUGUUCUGGAUGGGGAUCAAUAUGGAACCAGUGAUAUUCUGGGGACCGCCUUUCUCAGUCUUUCCCAGAUCUCUUACACGGGGGCUAAAGUAUCAGAUCUCUCAGGCUUCCUGCCAUGCUUCGGACCAACCUUCCUGACCAUCUAUGGGAGCCCAAGCGAGUUUGUGAGCCAAGGGGACCCCUUUGCAAAACAGAGACUUGGGAGUGAUGAUGGGGUAGAUUACCGCGGAAGAAUUCUUGUGGAGGUGAACACCAACAAGGAGGCGAUUCCUAACCAGACUGUGGAGAGCAUUCCAGAUGAAAUGGUUAAAAGGAUUGAGCGGUAUUUGCCCCGGCACCAGUACGGGCUCUGUGCCGUCUUUUACUCGGCUACCAUGUUGACUAAUACCAAGGAACUGAUCCAGUUUGAGGUCAGCAUCGGGAAUUACGGCAACACAUUGGAUGAGACGUGCAAACCUCUUCCCUCCACCACUCAGUACAGCCAUGCUGUGUACGAUGGUCAUCGCUACUACUACCUGCCAUGGUACGACACAAAACCGAUGGUGGCUGUCUCCUCUUUCUGGGAGGACGUUACCUACCGAAUCGCCUGUUUCAACACCCUGCAGGUUGUGCAUGGCCGGCUGAAAAGGAAUCUAGAUGCUCUCAAAGCAAUCAGAGUCGCCACUGGCCCAACUACGGACGUUGCGUGGAACCGGCUCCAGAAAGAACUGACCGAGGACUGCAAGAAAUCCUUUCCUGCAUUGGACAUGCAUACUGCCACAGUCCUGGAUCAGCAGAUGCAGAAAUUACGCACCCAACUCCUGCAGAAAAUUGCCAGAGCUGCCAUUAGCCUGCGAUCAACCGAUCCCCUGCAGAAGCUGAUUGCCAAAGCGGAGAACUGGCUCAACCUCAUUGCCUCCAUCAUUCCAGAGACCCAGAUCAGCCUGCCAGAUGUGGUGAUCUGGAUGCUCUGUGAUGACACUCGGGUGGCUUAUGCCCGGGUGAAGCCUCAUAAAAUCAUGUUCUCCAAAGCUGGCCCCUACGCCAAAGGCAGGCUGUGUGGCAAAACCCAGACCAUCUUCCUGAAGGGUGCACAAAGCAAAGGGGGGUACACCCCUAUUCCGGCUCUCCUCCGAGUGCGCAUGUGGCUUGGGCGGCUAGCAGAUAGUGCGGAGUGGAUGAAAUGUUGCGAAGGGAACAUCGUUGUCUACGCGGAGACGUAUGAAAACCAAAGGAAGAUGCAUGGAAUAUGGGGGACCAAGGACUUGAUGGACCACCCCAACUUUUCAGAUGUAACCGGGCAGGUGAGCCUCCCCAAAGACCAGUUUCGACUGCCCAAUGGUUGGAAAUGGGACGGCGACUGGACUGUGGAGCCCCAAAGAAGGCUCUUGCUGGAUACAGAGACAAACCACACCGAGGUGCUGGAGGAAGUAUAUGAAAACCAAAUCCGGAAACCUGGGCGUACAUGGAAACUUGCUACAAUCCCCUAUAGUGACAUGAGAGGUGCUCCCGCCCUUGCAAAGGGAGAGAUGGUAUGUCCUUCAGGCUGGAACGUUGUAGAAGACUGGAAAGUGGAGCUGAACCGGGCUGUGGAUGAUGCUGGUUGGGAGUACGGAGUUGUCAUCCCACCUGCAGAGAUGCCCCGUGCCUGGAUUGCGGCUGAAAAGACCUAUCACACUCAUCGGCGCCGACGCUGGUUCCGGAAGCGCUGCCGGAAUCUGGACAGUGCAAGCCGGGAAGAGCUCAUGAGCACCUUUCUUAAGCUGCACUCGAAGAAAAAGGCAGAUGAAGAAGAAGUCUGGGAGUACGCCUCCCUCUACGGCUGGAAAUUCCACCUGGAGCGGCGUCCAAAUGAUGUCAUCCGCCGACGAUGCUGGAGGAGGAAGCUGGCGCCCUCCGUACCCAGCCGUGUCGUCCCCAUUUUCCUCUUGGAGGGCUCGUUGGGUAUGGAACUCCAGGGCCUAGAAAAAAUCAAACAGAGAUUGACAGUAAAGAAACAGGAGGAGAAAGUGGUAGAGCAAACCCCCUCCCAAAACCUCCUGAAGAUGAAUACUCCUCUUCUCUUCUGCGUCUUCAAGCAUCCUGUCUAUUAUCAGCUGCGCUGCUACAUUUACCAAGCGAGGGACCUGGUAGGAAGUGGUACUAAGGGCUCUGCAGAUCCUGUGGCCCACGUUUCAUUCCUUCACAUGAGCCAAUGCACCAAGGCCAUCUCUGGCACGCUGCACCCUUGCUGGGAUGAGACCCUUCUCUUUGAGAACAUCCUGAUCUACGGAGAUCCUCGGGGCACUGAGCAGAAUCCACCGGUUGUGGCGCUGGAGUUCUUUGAUGGCCCUGCAGGUGGCCACUCUGAGUUUUUCAUGGGGAGGACUCUGUGUUCUCCUACAGUGUGCCUGGAUCUCAGCCAGCGGAGGCUGCCCCGUCUCUACAGGCACGCCAUCCUCAGAGAACAGGCGGAAGCCGGUCACCUCCUAGCUGCUUUUGAGCUUCUUCUGGACAAGAAGGACGGGUCCAUGGGAAAGCACCCCCCUCCUCCAUGGAUGGAUGGCAUAUACACAAUCCCUAAAGGAAUCCGGCCCAUCUUGAGGCUGAUGGCCAUUGAGAUCCUGGCCUGGGGCCUCCGGAACAUGAAGAAUUACAACCUGCUGGCCAUCUCCUCUCCGAAUCUCCAAAUUGAAUGUGGAGGGGACUAUAUUCAGACCCCGCCCAUCAAGAAUCUCCAGGAAAAUCCCAAUUUCUUAAUUAACGUCUAUCUCAUGAAAGUGUACCUGCCCAUCGAUGAUGACUAUGCCCCUCCCAUCGAGCUGAAAGUGGUCGACCACAGAGAGUUUGGAUACAAGCCGGUGGUGGGCCAAGCAACCAUUCGAGCUGUGAGCCAGUACUUCUGCGACCCAUGGGAAGAGGGGAAGAGCCAUAAUCUUCCUACCAGAGCCAUUUCCAAGCUCAAGAUGAAAGAGAGACUGAGCAAAGUUAUCCAGAAGCCGUGGUGGUGGAGGGUGCCCAAGCCGCAGAAGAAGGCAAAGGAGAAAGCGGAAGAGGAGGAGGAGGAGGAGCAAGUGGACUGGUGGAGUAAAUAUUACGUGGCGACAGGGGAUCUGGCGAAGAGCGGCGGGCACUACCUGGAGAGGGGGUUUGAUUCGGUGAAGGUGUACAGCUGUGAGCUGGAGGAAGUGCCCGAGUUUCAUGGCUUGCAGGAUUUCUGCCAGACCUUCAGGCUGUACCGGGGGAAGGUGGUAGAUGAAUCCUUUGAAGACCCCAUGGUGGGGGGCGAGUUCAAGGGGCUUUUCCGGAUCUACCCUCUGCCAGAAAAUCCAAAUGUUCCACCCCCUCCGCGCCAGUUCCAAGGGCUUCCCGAAAAUGUUGCCCAGCUGUGCCUUGUCCGGAUUUACAUCAUCCGGGCAUUUAAUCUCCAGCCAAAGGACAGAAAUGGACUGUGUGACCCGUACAUCAAGAUCAAGUUAGGGAAGAAAAAGAUUGGAGACAGAGAGGAGUAUAUUCCCAACACCCUGCAGCCCAUCUUUGGGAGGACAUACGAACUCUCCUGCUCCAUCCCAGUCGAAAAGGACCUGAAGAUCUCCUUGUUUGACUUUGACAUCUUCCCUCCCGACGACCUCAUCGGAGAUACAAUCAUCGACUUGGAGAACCGACUCAUGUCCCACUAUGGGGCCAACUGUGGGCUUCCGCAAACAUACUGCGUCUCUGGCCCCAGUCAGUGGCGUGAUCAGGUUCCACCCACAGAGCUGCUGGCAAACUAUGCUUUUCUGAAGAACAUGCCUCCGCCCGAGAUCAGUGACAAUGGGAGCAAAGCCGUUUUCCUGGGCAAAGCUUACCAGCUAUCGAAUCUAGAGCCCAAAAUGCCUUCCCACGGCCUCCUAGGUCCCGCCAAAGAGCGCAUGGCCCUCCACAUCCUCCACACCUGUAGGCUGGUACCCGAACACAUAGAGACCCGUACCCUCUACAGCAGUAUCCAGCCAGGGAUUGAGCAAGGGAAGGUGCAGAUGUGGGUUGAUGUCUUCCCAGAAAGCCUUGGUGAACCAGGACCGCCAUUUGACAUCACCCCAAGAAAUCCCAAGAGAUACGAACUUCGCUGCAUCAUCUGGAACACCAAAGACGUGGAUUUGGAGGACACCAACAUUUUUGGAGACAGGAUGAGUGACAUCUAUGUGAAAGGGUGGCUGGAGGGGCUGGAGGAGGAGAAGCAGAAGACGGAUAUCCAUUACAGGUCUCUGACAGGAGAUGGCAACUUCAACUGGAGGUUUAUCUUUACCAUGGACUACAUGCCAAUGGAGCAGAUCUGCAUUCUCACCAAGAAGCAACAUUUUUGGAGCCUGGAUGAAACCAUGCACAAAGUGCCCCCCAAACUGAUCAUCCAGAUCUGGGACAAUGACAAAUUCUCGGCUGAUGAUUUUCUAGGCAUUUUGGAGUUGAACCUGACCAGCAUGCCACCGCCCGCCAAACGGCCUCAACAAUGCACAGUGAAAAUGCUGCUGGAGGACCAUGGCAGGGCUUCCCCCUCCUCUCCUUUCCGCCACCGCAAACAAAAGCGAACCUCCUUGUUUGUGCAGAAGAACAUGCGGGGCUGGUGGCCAUGCAUCGUGUGGGAAGACGACAAGCCCCGAGUGUCGGGCAAGGUUGAAAUGACACUGGAGCUCCUGACGGACAAGGAGGCAGAAGAGAGGCCGGCCGGGAAGGGAAGGGAUGAGCCGAACAUGAACCCCUUUCUGAAGGUGCCGGAGAGACCAGAGACCUCCUUCUUGUGGUUCACAGCCCCACUGAAGAGCCUCCGCUUCGUCAUCUGGCAGAAGAGCAAGUGGAAGAUCCUGAUCUUCUUCUGCAUCGUGCUGCUGUUCUUCCUCUUCUGUGCUUUCAUCUACUCGGCGCCCGGCUACCUGGCAAUGAAGUUGAUUAAUCCCAUGAAGGAGAUACACUUCAACAGACGGCCUCGAAAGCGGAAGCACAAGGCCAAGAAAAAGCACACUUAGCCGUUCACUGCAACAGCAGCAACUCUGCUCUCCGACCACUCCUGCUGGCAAUCUCCUGCAGCAAAGGAAGCAUCUUUAUUUGCCUCUCGUGUGGUCUGCAAACCAUCUGCAGGAGCAGAGCCCAGUUGCUUCCCAAUCACGUGUCCAAGUCACAUGGGCCCUCCCAGGCCUUGCCCCCCCACCAUUACAGAAAGACACACACACACACACACCCUGAGUUCAACCACAAGCCAACAGCAUUGACACGAAGCAAGACUAGCUCCAGAUGAAGGGAGAGGGGGCGGGGUGUCAUUGCACACCUCCAAAGUUCUGUUCAGCUCCCUUUUAAUUAAAAACAAUGUA